AUGGCCGCCUCCGUUAUCAUUCCAGCCACGCAGGCUGCUGUGAAGAUCUCAGGGCCCAGCUCCGUGGGGUUGUCCACCGCAUCAGCACUGCCGGUCCUAGACCCGUUAGAAGUCCUGGUUCGAGUUGCCGCUGUUUCUAUCAACCAGGUCGAUGGCAAAUCGGCCGACAUGUCACCAUCACCUGGCGCGACCAGUGGAGUUGACUUCUCGGGCAUCGUUGUGCAGUUAGGGGCCGAUGUGAAGACUGACAAGUUCCGAGCCAACAAUAACAUGAAGCUUGUUGAACUCGGCGACCGUGUAUUCGGUGGCGUCUUUGGGAACAAUCCCCUCCGCCUCGAUAACGGCGCCUUUGCCGAAUACACUGCUGUUCCCGCUCGCCUUGUCUGGCAUGUCCCGGCCAACAUGGACCUCACAACAGCAUCGACCAUCGGAGCCACGCUGGCCACGGUCGGGUUGGCAUUAUUCAACUAUCUCCAGCUGCCUAUGCCAUCAACCGUGAGCUCAGACUCAAAAACCGCCACCAGUAUCGAAGGUAGACCAGCAGUGUUGGUGUAUGGCGGCGGCACGUCAACGGGCGCUAUGGCAAUCCAAGUCCUGAAGAUAGCCGGAUUCAACCCCAUAACAACAUGCUCACCGGCAUCAUCAGAGCGUGCCAUGCAUUUUGGCGCAACCGCGACAUUCGACUACCAUUCGCCGAAGUGUGGCGCGGACGUGCGUGAAUACAUCGGCGACUCAUUGGCGCUGGCACUGGACUGCAUCAGCGAUACGGCAUCCAUGAGCACCUGCUAUGAAGCCCUGGGGCCGGCCGGCGGGCGCUAUGUGGCUCUGGAUGCCUUCCCUCUACGCGGCCACACUCGCCGCAGCGUGGUUCCAGACUGGGUGUGCACGUAUACCCAGUUCGGACACCCCGUAGCUUGGGCCCCUCCGUAUAACUUGGAUGCCCGCCCGCAUGAUCGUGAGUUUGCGGAGGCUUGGUAUGUGGUUGCGCAACGUCUGCUAGAUGAGGGUCGCAUUGAGCCUUAUCCGAAGGAGGAGAGAAGAGGCGGGCUAGCCGCCGUCGAGGAUGGGAUAAAGGAAGUGUGGAAAGGGGAAGUGAAAGGUGUAAAGUUAGUUUAUCCUAUUAUUAUAAAGCUAUUGUAUUAA